GGCUUCGCGGGCUGAAGCUCCCCGGCCUGGUUAGCUUACACUUAGCUCCCUCGAGAUCCCAUGCAUGACUUACCAGAAGGAACGUAGUCAUCAUCAUCUUCAGUAGAGCUACUGCUAUAAUCACUGUCCACACCAGCCAUUGCCCUCGGCCGCUCUCCAAAAGUACGAUACCAUCAAAAUGAGUGACGGGUUUCCAUCAUUCCAAAGUGUUAUCAGCUUGAAGUCAAAUCCACUUGAUGACUGGAUAGCAAUGUGGUAUCAGAUUUUCUUGUGGUACCUCUUCUCAUCAUCGCUCAUACAUGCCUUGGCUGCUAUCACUGCAUUCUGUGCGUUACGUAAACACAAGAUUGGCCGUCUCUAUUCCCUCUGGAUCAUGCUAAUGGGUUUACUUGGACCAAUCACUGGUGGUAUCGCAAGCAGUGCAAUUAUAGCAGGACUAUUCUACACAGCCAAGAUAUCAAUGUAUCCUCUAUGGGCUCUAGUCUGUGGAACUGGUCAAACAUUUGUUGUAGCCCUUGUCUCGUUCUCAAGAAUAUUGGGUACAUUAUGAUGUAACUCUGAUCAUGUAUUGCUCACUGGACAAAUACAAGGGAAUUGUAAAAGACAGAUGGCUUCAGAAGUUGGAUCUGGAACAUAUACAGUAUGCCAUGAUUACUCUUUCUCCUGCAUUAUGAAAUUUGAAUACCACAUUGUACAUUCAGAGAUAUUGGAGAAUUUAACAUGAAUACGAGGACUACCAAGUGAAUGUGCAUCGUGUCAAGCCACUUAUCUGCUGUGCAAACCCUUCACUUGAUUUAAGUGGUCUGAAUUUGCAGCCUACAAUCCUUUGUGUGUAAAGAAGGAAAUUAAAACAGCAAGUAUUAUAUAUGCUAGUCUUGUAUGAAGACCCACUUGUUGUUUAAAGUUUCAGUCAGGGUCUGUGCAUGUAGACUUCUUCAAGUUUGGACAUUAUGAUGUGCCUUUGAUGGAAAUUGCUCUGGAUUCAUCUGUAGAAAUCAUGAUGAAUAUGAUGUGGUCAAAACCUAAUAGUUUUUCUCUGUCAUCCUGGAUAAUUAUAAUAUUGUGAAAGCAAUUACACAGAAGAAGUUGGAUAUGAUGUCAAGAGUCAUUGAUGCAACCUUAUUUUUUUUCUAUUCAUUAUCUUGGGUACCUUGUGAUUUUAAAGCUCUGUAACCGGCUCUGUCAUUUGUACCAAAAUUAUUCAAAUCAAUUUUUAAUCAAUUAAUGCGAAAUCAUUAUUUAGCUGUAAAUCUUUAAAUAUAUAUAUAUAAUACUUCUCUUAUAUAGCGCAUAAUAAACUGAAAGUUUCUCUACGCGCUUUACAAUAAAGGAUACAAAGUAAACAUACUACAAACAAAGAAAAUAGACUUGUGAAUUACAGAAUUACUUAAUAUUUAAACUUACAAUUAUUACCUAUAAAAUAAUUACCUAUACUGCACCUAGUUAGUUUCGGAAAAGAUGGGUUUUGAGUAAGGAAUUAAAAGUUUAAUAAGUGGAUGUCUGUCUGAUAUGUAGGGGUAAUUUGUUCCAAAGGGUUGGUCCAGCUACAGCAAAUGAUCUGCUACCAUAAAAGCUUGUGUGGGUUUUGGGAAUUUGAAGAAGUACUUUUUUGCUUGAUCGAAGGUUGCGGGGUGGGUUGUAAUCAUUUAGUAAAUUGGACAAGUAUGAUGGAGAUAAGCCAUGCUGAGCUUUAAAACCUAAACAAAGAAUCUUAAAUGUGAUGCGCUUUUCAACAGAAAGCCAAUGUAAUUUCUUUAGGGUACUGGUAAUGCCACAAAAUAUAGCCACAAAACUGCUAGGUUUUGGUCUGGACACUAUUCUUGGGAUUAUUAUCAAUUGUAUGAUAUAGAUGGCAAUAUCAGAUUUUUUUCUUUUUCAUUUAAUUGUUUAAAUUUUGUAUGUUAUUUGUAUUUCUUUUUUAUUUAUUUAUGUUUUUCAUUGUUUUUACUUUUUUUAUGGAAAUUGUCGGCAACACUUUUUCAGUCAUUAUAAGGGCAUGAAAUAUAAAUUGCUUUUAGUCAGUAAAAAUAAAAAUAAUGAUACAUUUAUGAAUAUUGGCCACAUUCAGAAUUUGCAUUGGACUUGUUUAUGAAAGUUUUUGAGCAAUAUUGGAUCUGACCAAGGAGUUCCUUGAUCUGACAUGCACUUACAAAGUGUUACGUCACUUUGGAACCACGUACCCCCGCAACGCGAAUUUGGUCUUAAAGUUUGCAUGAGACUUGAAGGAAAAAAAGUCAUGAAAUGUAACGGCGCGAUUUUUUCUUGUUACAGAUUUAUCGUGAAAAAAUGUCAAGGGGGCAAAAAUUAGCAAACUCCCACCCCCAGCUGGUUAGGGUUAAAUCUGUCUGGGAAUAAAAAAAACUUACCGUAUAUUUCUUAUAGCAUGGAGAAAAAUUAAACGAAAUGUUGUUGGCUUCCUAUUGUUUUUUUUAGACCAUGGCCUUAGUAGUUAAACUUGACUUCGAAAUACUGGCCUUUGUUUCAAUUUUAUGUGUAUCUCGUGAGUAGAACUAAAAAAAAACAAAGAAUGGUGAAUGAAUUUUAUGAAUGUUGAUUUUGCAUGAUAGAAAUAGAAUGGUAAGUGGCAAAGUUGAGAAGUUGGAGGAACACUAAUUCAAUUGUGUUAAUGCAUCUGUAGAGAUUGAAUUGGACAUAAAUCAUUUAAAUGUGGGAGAACGCAACUGUUUUGUGUAAUCUUUACCCUAAAGGUGUGAAAUUGAUAUUUACAAUCGUUGAUAUAUGAUUAUCCAUAGACAGUUACAAUUAAGUGUUUACAGCUUUGUUCAAUUGAACUUUUAUGUUACAUAGGGCACUCAUCUCAUAAAUCUUUUGUACAUGUGAUUUUUUGAUCUAUUGAGUGUCUGCUUGCAAUGCAAGGAUGACUGUAUUUCAAUUACCAGUACUUAAUCAAUUCUGUAUUUAUUGAAAUUGUAGUCUAUUAAAGGACAAGUCCACCCCAACAAAAACUUGAUUUGAAUUAAAAGAGAAAAAUUCAACAAGCAUAACACUGAAAAUUUCUUCAAAAUCGGAUGUAAAAUAAGAAAGUUAUGACAUUUUAAAGUUUUGCUUCAUUUCACAAAACAGUUAUAUGCACAUAUCGGUCGGUAUGCAAAUGAGGAACCGAUGACAUCACUCACUCACUAUUUCUUUUGUAUUUUAUUAUAUGAAGAAAUAUGAAUUUUUUCAUUUUCUCGUCAUUGUCAUAUGAAAUGAAGUUUCAUUCCUCCCUGAACACGUGGAAUUCCAUUAUUUUAACAUAUUGUGCUUCAGGCAAGGAGGCCAUUAUUGUCAAAUUCGUAAAAAUUGAUGAUAUUGUAUAAUUCAAACAAUAAAAAACAAAAGAAAUAGUGAGUGAGUGACAUCAUCGACUCUCUCAUUUGGAUAUAACUGGCUCGUUCAUAUAACUAUUUUGUUAAAAAUAAGCGAAACUUUGAAAUGUCAUAACUUUCUUAUUUUACAUCCGAUUUUGAUGAAAUUUUCAACAUUGUGCUUGUCUGAUUUUUCUCUAUUGAUUCAAAUCAACAUUUUUCUGAGGUGGACUUGA